UCUGUCUGAGCUUUGAGAACAACAGAUUAAAGAAAAGUAUAUCGUCGAGAUGGCAACCAGGACAGGUAAAACUGGAGCCGCCGCUGCAUUAGGCCAGCAAAUCAAGAUCCAUAUCAUUUGUGAUCGCAAGAAGAUGGUCACUGUCGUGAGAGGAAGACGUUCUGACGUAUUUAAACGCUGAAUCAUGUUGAUCUUUUCUCGAGUAUCGCCUAAAGGUAUAGUCUGCCGGAAGAGGUGAUGGAGACGAAGCAGAUGCGAAGGCAGCCUCUGCCCUGCGAAGCGCCACCGAUUCAGCCGGAGAACGAGGGGGGUUCCGCAGGCCUGUUUCGGAGAGCUGUUGGCUAUGGCGUCACGAGGCCCGUUCUGGUGGUUGCCCUGUUCACGCUUGUUCUGCUCCUGGUUGUGUUGUCCGGAGCCCAUCGCAGUUCGUCACUUGGCGUGCUUCUUUCAAGCCGCUCACCAUCAAAGCAAGUCGCCAACGGGAGCUGUACCGCCCCUUCUCCGGCCGCUGAACCACCAAAGGACAAGUUUCUUGGAGGAGGUCUGCUCUCCGCUGCAUUCGACGAAGCUUCCUGCCUCAGCCGAUCUCAGUCGUCGUUGUACCGGAAGCCAUCGAACGACACUCCUUCCCCCUACCUCAUCGACCGGCUCCGAAGGUACGAAACCCUCCAUAAAAGAUGCGGCCCCAACACCGAGCUCUACAAGAAGGCCGUCGAGCAGUUGAAGUCCAAUCGCAGCACAGGCCCGUCGGAGUGCAACUAUGUGGUGUGGCUGCCGGCCGACGGCUUGGGGAACAGGAUCAUAAGCAUCACCUCCGCGUUCCUCUACGCCCUCCUCAACGACAAGGUCUUGCUGCUCGACCUUCCCCAUGACAUGGGUGACCUCUUCUGCGAGCCGUUCCCCGACACUUCAUGGGUUCUUCCUGCAGAUUUCCCCAUCGACAAUCGCAACUGGAUCUUCGAGAAAGACCCUCAUAGCUACGGAAACAUGCUAAAGAGCGAGGUUCUUAGCAAUGACAUGGACAUUGCAGAUGCUUCUUCGCUGCCGGCUUACCUCUAUCUUCACCUGCUGCAUGCUAACGAUGAGUACGAUAAGAUGUUCUACUGCGAGGAGGGUCAGAGACUUCUGCGGAAGUUCCCCUGGCUGCUGCUAAGAUCUAAUGAAUAUUUUGUUCCGGCAUUCUUCUUCGUCCCGGAGUUCGAAGAAGAACUCGGUCUGCUCUUUCCGGAGAAGGCCACCGUCUUCCGCCAUUUGGGAAGGUAUCUCUUCAAUCCAUCGAACUCGGUCUGGGGCUACAUAACAAGGUACUACGACGCCUACCUUGCAAGUGCAAAGGCGAAGUUGGGGAUCCAAAUCAGGAUAUUUGCGUUCGCAAAUGUGGAGUUCGACGUCAUGGCAAGUCAGAUCAUCAACUGCUCGAUGACCCAAAAGUUGCUGCCGGAGGUUGAUCUGAAGGAUUCUGCUCCACCCGUUAUCGCUGGGGCACAGCCGAAAGCUGUUCUGGUGACCAGUUUGCUCGAUGGUUACUUCGAGAAGCUCAGAAACAUGUACUACGAGCAUGCAACCACCACCGGCGAGGUGAUCGGCGUCUACCAACCGAGCCACGAAGAGCACCAGCACACGGAGAAGCUAAGUCACAACAUGAAGGCCUUUGCGGAGAUCUACCUCCUGAGCUUGAGCGAUGAACUGAUCACCAGUCCGUUCUCGACCUUCGGGUACGUGGCGCACGGUCUCGGAGGAUUGAGGCCGUGGAUUCUGGUGAGGUCUGACAACCGGAAUCCUUCUUGCGUCCGUUCCAUGUCGGCGGAGCCAUGUUUCCAUUUUCCUCCGUCUUACGACUGCAAAACGAGAAGGAAAGUUGACAAAGGAUCGGUGGUUCCUUUUGUGAGGCACUGUGAAGAUUUUUUCCUUGGUAUUAAGAUCUCAGAUUAGGAGAGAAGAUAGCAGCGAUACGCCAAUAACUAUUAAAUAUUCUGUGAUGAAAAAUAAGAUGAACAAUUGAACAA